GCCAUAUCCACAGCAGAUCUCAGCAUUUAUUCCAUCGCCGCAUUUAACCCUAAACUGUGUCUAACUGGCGGUUUCCACAGAGGCUGCACUUUGCAGGGUUCACUUUCCAUAGAGAGGGAGUUGUCUCGCUGCUGAUGCUGGGGAGAUCAACCCUUUAUCUCCCAUCUCGAAUCGCCUUCCCACCCCUCUGCGCAGCAGCUGAGUCUACACCGGGCUUUAUUAGGACACGCUGGAUGGCUUCUGCACUUACUCCGGCGUGAAUCUCUUCCUCAUCAUCCUUUCUUUGAGUCUGCAAACAAAACGAACAGCAACAACAAUGACGGACCCGGCCUCCCAGGACACCUACCCUGUCCCAGACCCGACUAUUGUGGAUCCCUUUACGGCUGCGAUGCGGAACGGCCAGUGCGCCCAGGAUGGCUUCACCAACAACCACCACCAGCCUACCAAGAGCCCCGGCCAGCCCGAUACGCUCCCCACGGGCCAGGAGAUGAACAUCACAGACAGUGUGGAGGGAGAAGGUCUUCUCGAGAGCAGCAUGCGGCUGAAGCCCCACGAAGCUCAGAGCUACAGGAAGAAGGCCCUCUGGGUCUCCUGGGUGUCCAUCGUGGUCACGCUCAUAAUGGCUGUGGCAGCUUUCACUGUAUCAUUCAUGAGACACAGCGCGUCAGCCUUCGGAUUUGCCUUUAAUGCUACGCUGGACAUCCUCUCAUCAUUCAUUGUCCUUUGGCGCUACAGCAACGCAGCAGCUGUGCACUCUGCACACAGAGAGUACAUAGCAUGUGUGGUCCUCGGGGUGGUGUUCGUCCUUUCCUCCCUGUGCAUCCUUGGAAAGGCCAUCCAUAAUCUGGCUACCAGGGAGCCUCCUGAAGUGGACGACUUCCUCUACAGUGUGUCUAUAGUGAGCGGAAUCACAUGUGCUGUGCUAGCUGUGGCCAAGUUCAUGCUGGGAAGGGUGCUGACUAGCCGGGCACUUAUCACUGACGGGUUUAACUCUAUUGUUGGUUCUAUCAUGGGAUUUUCCAUUCUGAUCAGCGCUGAAAUCUACAAGGACCACGUUGACGUCUGGUUUUUGGAUGGCACCCUCGGAGUUCUCAUUGGACUCAUCAUCAUGGCCUAUGGCGUCAAACUCCUGGUGGACAUGGUGCCCCGCGUGAGGCAGACGAGGAACUACGAGCGCUUUGAGUGAAUGUGUGUUGGGCAGGUUCAAACACGUACACUUCCCCCGCCCUCUUCUCUCUGUCUUUAUUACACACUUUCCUACACAUUUUACCUGAACAUGCAGCACAACACACGCUGUGAAUACUGUACAUAGUGCAUUCAGACAACAAGAAACACACAUUAAUUCACACACAAAGGCAGACAUCUGAUAUACUUUGACAGAGAAGGACUUGUUUGAAGACCAAAUCAUGGAGAGAAAACACCUAAAUACUUACUUUGUCACUUUCUGUCCAUAAAACCAGUUUAAAAAAGGCCCCUAGAAUAAGGAAAGCCACAAGACCGCAGUAUUUGUCUGACAUGGAGAUAACACUAGUUGCUCGAAUGACAUAUACACAAUCAAGACUACAGUAUAUUGAUUCGUCAUAGUGGAUAUAUUCAGUCUAAAUUACUAAAUGGUCAACAUUUUACAAACAGAAAUGUUCUCCCACGUUAUAUUGUUUGAAAAUGUAUAAUGAGAUUUGGAAGAGACAAACUCCAAGUCGAGGUCUGCUCGUCAAUUUAAAGGUGGGGUAGGUAAGUUUCAGAAACCGGCUCGAGAUACACUUGUUAUAUUCCAUGGAAUGCUCUUAACAUCCCGAUAGCAAUGAAUAUCUUAAGUGCUUUGACAAAAAAUCCA